AUGGAUUUCCAUCUUGCUUCUGAAAAAAUCAAAAUUAUUAAACUGGUGCGCUCAAAUAUCAUUCCCAAAGAGUCGAUACAACACAUGAGAACGCAUGUCAAAUCGUUGAUAAUUGAGGCAAACCAAGAAAACCCUGAUGAUGACUAUAUGGAUGGUGCCAUUAAAGUCGUUGCGCUAAUUGAUUCUUGUAUCCGAGAGUUAUCAAAUUUUGAGAUCAAUUAUUUCCAGGGACCAAAAAUUGGACGAGCGCUCGUACGCGAUCAAGUCAACGGAGAAUCGGCGUUCGUGGAUAUCAAGGAUGAAGAAGAUAUUAAGAAAAAGAAAAAAAGUAAAUACGCGAAGGCAAUCAUCCCAAGGAACGUUGUCGUGAGUGUAGAUGUCGAUGAUAAAACUUUAGAAGAGACUAAACAGCCAGUAGAAUUUGCUACCCCUUUUUCUUCCAAGAUUGAUUCCAGUGAUCUAGAUUGCAAUGAUAAUAUCGUCAGUAAGGAUGCCGUUUUUAUUAACCCUUUCGAAGAAAUUUAUGCUGACUCUACACUGUCGGAUGUCUGCGAGAGUUGA